UGCGUCUCUAGUCCAAAAACUCUAUGUCUGGCUCAAAAGCAGAUGCAGCCAUAACCCAAUAGUCAUGAUGCAGCCUCAUCAUCUCCUUAUGAAUUGGAACAAACCUAAUGAUCUCACUACACAAGAAAACUCUUUUCACCACAAUCCUCAUCUCAUGGUAGAUCUACCUUCCGAAACCCUAAGCCACUUCCAGCCCCCGCCGACACUCUUCUCCGAUCACGGAGGAGGAGAGGAAGCAGAAGAAGAAGGAGGAGAGGAAGAGAUGGAUGCGAUGAAGGAGGUGCAAUACGCGAUUGCUGCCAUGCAGCCCGUAGACAUCGAUCCAGCCACCGUUCCUAAGCCUAACCGCCGUAACGUGAGGGUAAGCGACGACCCUCAGACGGUGGUGGCUCGUCGCCGUCGAGAAAGGAUAAGCGAGAAGAUACGGAUUUUGAAGAGGAUGGUGCCAGGCGGUGCAAAGAUGGACACUGCCUCCAUGCUCGACGAAGCCAUCCGCUACACCAAGUUCUUGAAACGGCAGGUGAGGCUUCUUCAGCCUCACACUCAGCUUGGAGCUCCUAUGUCUGACCCUACUUGCCUUUGUUAUUACCACAACUCGGAUACCUAAUAUAACUCUAUCAAGCGUUCAUGUUGAUAUAUAUAUACAUAUAGUUAAAUGGUCGAAUAAGCAUUUCGAUCGAAGAUUGUAUGGCUAUUUAUAUAUUGUACAAUAAAUGAUGUGUGUAUUUCUAUUAAUGUAUGAUAUA